AAGGCCUUUUUUAAGAUCCUGACCUCCUGACGUGUGCGCUGGUUCCUCGCCAUGGCUUUCGGCAAGGGGUGGCCAAGCGAUGGUUGGUGGAGAGAUGCCUGGCGCUACGAUGAUUGGGGCAAGGCUAAAGGCCGUGGGCGACGGAAGGGUGAUGGUCGAGAUGGACAAAAUGGACGAGAUGGACGAGAUGGACGAGACAAAGCAGAUGAAGACAAGGUGCCCAAGGUGAGCGAGGAGAUUUCAAGGCCCGCCGGGCCCCCCUCUACCGCUGAUGCGCCGAACCCAGCGCCGGUCCCGCCGGUGCCCGCACCGGUGGGCAGCGUCGGCAAGGGGAUCGGCGCCAGGGAGGCGAAGGAGGUGAAGGAGCCGAAGGAGGAAAGUGCUCCAAGAGCCAAGGAUGAGGUCUUUGAAGAGAUCCGAAAUGUGCUCAACGCAAAUCCUGCGCUUCAGAUUCAAUUCUUUGACGCCCGGGUGCGGCAGCAUUUGCAUGCCUUGUUGGGAAAUGGUGGAAGGCAGCGGCUGAAAGCUGCCCUGACCAUGGUUCACACGUGCACCCUUCACAAGACGAGACAGGAUGUGAAGAAUUGGCCAGCUUAUCUCCUGACGUUGCUCAAAAAGUUUGACUCGGACAUGUCUCAUCAGGACCUAUCGGAGCGCCGCGUGCUGGCAACCAAGAUCAUGGAGGCGAAAAACAACACGUACUCUUCGGCUUCCACCACCCCCGAGAAGACAGACCGCGAGGGUAACCGGACAGAGUCCAGCGAAGGCGAGGCUGAUGAGAGUGAAGAUGAGCCAGUGGAGGCACCAGAGAGGUUGGAAUUCAAAGCUCCUCGGGUGACGGCACCUCCGCCUAAGCCCAGGCCGGAGCUCGACUUCUUUGGGGACUGGAACCGAGAAACCUCAGAGAUCCGAGACUUUCAGGCGCCACGGCCGCCGAUGCGUGUGCAUGACGACAUGCAGGGGCAUUUGCAUUCGCAUCUGCACGAUCCAGAUGCGCAGGUGCCUCACGUGCGUUUGCGGGAUGCCGACUUGCAGGAGCUCCGAGGGUUUGAUUUCCAGGCGCCACGGCCGCCGAUGCGUGUGCAUGACGACAUGCAGGGGCAUUUGCAUUCGCAUCUGCGCGAUCCAGAUGCGCAGGUGCCUCACGUGCGUUUGCGGGAUGCCGACUUGCAGGAGCUCCGAGGGUUUGAUUUCCAGGCGCCGCGGCCGCCGAUGCGUGUGCAUGACGACAUGCAGGGGCAUUUGCAUUCGCAUCUACGCGAUCCAGAUGCGCAGGUGCCUCACGUGCGUUUGCGGGAUGCCGACUUGCAGGUGCAUCCUGAUCGCAAUGCAUACAGAUGGUCACGGCCGCCUGGAAUGCCGCCACCGGGCCCUCCCCCGGGGCCUCCGGGGCCGCCUGGGGCUGGGCCUCCAGGGAUGGAAGGCUUUGGCUUUGGCUCCUUCAGUUCCUUCGGCGCCGGCACUUUCGGCACGCGACCUGAUAUGCCCAGGCAACCUGGAGUUGGGGCAACCUCGAAAAUUCAGGCCAGUCAGAGAUCGGAGGUGAUUGCUCGCUAGUCCUUUGGAUAGGCGGUUGUGGGCGCCCCGAAGCGGGAGGUCCCUUGCAAAGCCAGCACCGCUCGAUGCGACUGGUGACCCGUGUGACACGGAGCAUCAGGCUGGCAAAACCGGUCAGGCAACUCGGGCGAGCCCGAGUGAUCCAACAUGAUCCGAU